CGAUUUAACGGCGAUCUUGGAAAAACGAUCGAACAACGCUUUAGUCACCGAAAUCAAAAACACCCCUUUCUUCAUCACUGGCUACUCCACUAUAUUCAUAUCACCAAGCACAUAGAUGUCGUCCAAAGCUUGGUGAGCAUACGCAUAGCUCGACGAUCAAACGCACGUGCUAGCCCUAUCAUGCCCAUUGCGAUUCAUGAAGCAGAGAUCAAUACGUAGAAUUUUCGUCAUUGUUUCAUGCUUGCUCCAGUAAAGUGGAUAUGUCGAACCCAGUGGUCCCCGUUAUUACUGAAGUAAUCACUAUUACGAUCGAAAUAUUUUGGACUACCCACAACGACUUAAUCAGCAUGAUGCAUGAAUUUACGGACAUUUUACUAGUCCCUCACAAAGUAUAAGAAGUGACCAUCGAUCACGACGAAUUAUCACAUUGUAACCUUUACCUUGUCCUUUCACGUCGGAAUGAUCAAGAGUUUCCUUGCUCUGGCAGCAUUGGCUUCGGUGGCUUUAACAGCCCCAGUGACUAAUACUAGCUCCUAUGAAUUCAGUGGCCCAUCUCCAUACAAAAGUGAUGGCAAUCUCACCAAGCCUUUGGUCAAACCUUACACACCAGCGGGUGGAAUUAACACCAACGGCACCAUCCCAAUCUACCAUCCCCUUAGUGACUUUGAUUACGAGUCGCUUAAUCUCGUGGUGUAUCAAGAGUACAUUGAGUUGGAUCUCUUUGAAUAUGGUCUCAAAACAUUUUCUGCCGCCGACUUCAAGGCUGCAGGUCUUAAUCAAGAGGACAGAGAUCUUAUCCAGUUCAUGGCCGAUCAAGAAGUCGGUCAUGCCAAGAUGGUUUCUAACAUGUUGGGAGAAGGAGCUCCUAAGCGAUGCGAAUACCAAUAUCCAUUCACCAAUGUUAGCGAAUUUGUUGACUUUUGCCAAAAGCUCACUCGCUUUGGUGAAAGCGGUGUUUAUGGAUUCCUGGAACACCUUGAUUCAAGAGAUGCUGCACAAAUGCUCUUGCAAUCCAUCACUACUGAAGCUCGUCAGCAACUGAUUUUCCGUCAAUUCGAAGGCUUGUUCCCUAUGCCGGUCUGGUUUGAAGCUGAUAUCACUCAAUCCAUGGCCUGGACUUUGCUUGCACCUUACAUCAAGAGCUGUCCCGAAGGUCAACCACGCAUCAUUUUCCAAAAUUUCCCUUCCCUAAAUGUCACUAAUAAUCCAAGUGGUAUUGACCUGAAGUACCCCCCUGCCAUUACUCAUGACCGUGCUCUUUCGCAUCCUGGUAUGGAAGUCGAAUUCUCAUGGGGCAAGGUCGGUGAACAUGUUGGCCCUAAUAACAGUUAUGUCACGAACACAACCGCUGGAGCUCCAAUGUAUGCUGCCUGGAUUUCCCAGCUCAACACAACCUAUACGGAAUUGUAUGAUAUCAAGAACAAUUCUGCUAAAACAAAGCAGCCUAACACUCAGACCUAUGAAGGUGACCCAGCUGUGAACGGUACUAUGUUCAUCUUGAUCACGGACACCGACUUAUUUGUCACGCCUGCCAAUAUUUCUCAGUUGAACCCUCACGUCGUAGCUGGUCCUGCUUUGUUCCAAGCUGGCUAAUUUCAUGAACUUCUGAUCUGUUCCCGGAAAAAAAAAACAACUAAUUUUUGUUGCUAUAGCCUACUUUGCAGCGCUAAUGCCUAUUCUAGUUUUUGUUACAUACUCACUGAAAGAUUGGUCAAUAAAUGCUACUGGUCUACAUAUCUACAAUACUUCAUGUCGCGGUGGUCAAGCCAGA